AUGGCUCACUGGAUGAUUCCAGGAUGCAUCUGGACCUUUGCUCUCCAGCUCUCCUUUCUGCGCGACGCCUUUGCGAGCCCAGCCUUUGCUGCUGUCUAUCACUUUGGCCAGCCCACCAGCGACUGCUCGGUCGCAAGCAUCGCAGACUCCUUUGUCCUCUAUUCUGAGCCAUUGCUGCGGACCAUCAUCAACAGCAGCAUCGAUGCGCUCUGCGAUCUCGACAACCAGACAUGCCUCUACAUCCCACAGCUUUCGCGGCUCCCCGUGCGGAUCCAGUGUCUCUGGGCGCUCUCGCAGUUCGAGACGGGCUGGGAUUACUCCUACGACACAAGCGUCUACUACGAGUCAACCAGCGCAUCGGCCAUCGACCCCUUGGACUUUUUCGCUGGCCGCAUGGUCAUCCAAGGCGAGCCAACCGGCCUCUGUCGGCACGGAAGCAUAUGCAUGCUCAACAGCUCGGCCGUGCUGGCUCCGAGUCUCCAGUGCUUGGGAGGCUGCUCCCUUGCCAAUUGCACCGGCUGUAGCAUCGAGGCCACCUUUGACUUGGAUCGUCCGCAGGUCUGCAGCGAGUGCACUCCUCCGCACGCAUCGGUUCACACACAUGUCGACACAACCACGCAGUCGUUUUACAUUGCUGUGCUUCAUGCUUUCGAGUCCUCGCCUGGCCAGCUUGAGAACUCAAUCUCGACCUCGACCUCAACCUCAACCUCCCCCGCCAGUGGGACAUUGGAUUCGCCCCCCGGAUUCCUUCCGUCCGCGCUGACACCUGAUCUGACGGAGAACAUCGACACUCUCCCGGCAUCCACUCCUGUGCUGUUCUCCAGCUUUGUGUCGUCUGCGCCAGAGGAGCUCCGACUGACCAACUCCACUGGCGACAGCGAUAUAGCAGGCGGCUCCUUCUCGAAUGACUGGAACAGUCCCACAACGGCGCAGGGCCAAGGGAGCAUUCGCAUUCCUUCCGUCGCCGUGAUGAUAACGCUGCCGUCGACGGUGGUGGUGCUCUCGGUGAUCAUGUAUCUGCUCUAUCGCAGGCUGAUCAAGCGGCCCAUUGACGACGAGAUGAACUCGGAUAGCCAGCACGGCGCGCCCAGAUCCGGCCCUUCGGAAAGUACUCUUUGCUCUCCAUCUCAGCGAGCAUCCCAGCACCAGCCUCAACACCAACAGCAACACAACCCGGGCCAACACCGGGGAUCUCGCUUCGAAUCCCACCCGGAAGCUCGAGACCGGAUGAGACAGUCAUCCGUGCGGCCAUCGACGGCAGAAUCAUUGACUGGGCGGACAACGCAAGUGGCGCCCAUGUGA